UGGGCUAGGAGAAAUCGUUAGGGUGGGACAAGGUCGGAUAAGGUCGACCAUCUGAACCGGGCAUGGGCCAGGCCCCAGGGCUCUCUCGGGACUUACGGACUGGAGUCGCAGCGCAGCUUUCCAAUUCCGACUACUGUACCCAAGAGCCCUGACUCGUUUUUAACCCAAGCCCAAGCCCAAGCCCAAAUCCAAGCCCAAGCCCAGAAUCCAAGCUUCAAGCCCAGGCCCCUGAAGGGCCCCCGGCAGGCCAUGCCUCUCCGAAGGGGGGCCGAUGAGGAGGAGGGGAUGCAGAAGCCAGCAACAAAGUACAAAGGCUGCGUACGUAUGGCCGCAGUACCAGGAGCGGGGAAGCAGCGGGCAGGGGCAGGCGCGGGUCCACCUGGAGCGCGAGAAAUUCCGCACUUGCGCAGAGGCGGAGCAAAUCGAGCCGUGCCAUGGCGCAGGCGAGAGAGCGGGGCGAUGAUCUGGACCUGAGCGGGCGCAUAUAGCAGCAGCACAGAUCCCGAGCCGAGCAGAUGGCCAGUCGACGACGACGGGUGAGCGUGGCGGCCGUAGCCGGGCGCGAGCGCACUGUAGGAUUUCGGUAUUUGUAGGAAAGCGCGUCCGGUCUUCAUGUCCACUGUGCUAUAAAUGGUAUAGAGCGGAAGUGGGAAGCCCGAGGUUGAAGGAACGAAGGAAGGCAGGCAGCGAUGGAGGGCGGGCCGAUCUGGAGCCAAGCGUAGCGGGCAAGAAGCAAGCAUCGGAGACGAGUCUCCUCCGCUCCCCGCGGGGCGGCUGACCUGGGCAAAUACAGUUGAGCUGCGUCAUUCGCUGGCGGUCGUCGUCUGCUGCUGCUGCCGCUGCCGCUGUUGCUGUUGCUGCUGCUGCAGGAAUAAGGGAGCGAGGCUCUUCUUCUUCAAAGUCUAUAUUCAUCAUCGCUCAAUUCAAUUGAGUGCCUGAUAGAUAAUUCUGCGCUCCAGUUCUUGAAGGUAUGGGAAUUUGCUCACAGAUUCAACGCAGGCCUUACAUUGCCGCGCCCCUAUGGAUUCUCAAGAAUAUGGGUUUUCAGCUGGACGUGUGGUUCAUCACCACGCUGUCGAAGCUGCUGAUUUUCAAAGUGCUCAAAAAAAAUGGAACCAUCAACAAGCGCCUGUUCAACUCGGUGACGAGGACCACGAAGGCGAGGAGGAAGCCGAGCAACGGAGUGUCGUCCGUGGACAUCACCAUCGACCAGACGACGGCAGUGUGGUGCCGCGUGUACGUGCCGACCUACGCUGACCCCGACAAGAAGCUGCCGAUCAUCAUCUACUUCCAUGGAGGCGGCUUCGUGCUGCUGUCGCCCGACAUCAAGGAGUACGACACGCACUGCAGGCGAAUGGCCAAAAUGUCCGAGGUCAUCGUCGUCUCCGUCUGCUACCGCAAGGCGCCCGAGUGGAAGCACCCCACCGCGUACGAGGACGGCUUCAGCGCCCUGCAGUGGGUCCGAUCGCAGGUCUCCACCCCGCACCCGGAUUUCCCCUCGAAUGUCGACUUCUCUCGAGUGUUCCUGGCCGGCGACAGCGCCGGCGGCAACAUCGUGCACCAUGUGGCGGCCAAGGCCGGCGUCAGCGACAUUUCGCCUCUGGUGUUGGGCGGAAUUUUGCUCAUUCAGCCCUUCUUCGGAGGCGAGGAGCGCACGGUGUCGGAGAUUCGGUUCAAGCACGGCAAGCUGUGCGAUCUCAAGGAGUCCGAUUGGUACUGGAAGGCAUUUCUGCCCGUGGGAUCCGACCGCGACCAUCCUUCUUGCAAUGUGUGCGGGCCCAAGUCGCCGGCCUUCGCCACGCUCACUCUUCCCAGGAUGCUGGUGAUUAUCGGAGGGCGCGAUCCCCUGCAAGACAGGCAGAUUCAAUACGGCGAGGCCAUGCAGAAGGCCGGCAAGGAGUGCACGCUCAUCAACUACGAGAAGGCCUUUCAUGGAUUCUUCGCCUUCCGGGGCAUCAAGUACACGAGCAUGCUGCACUACGAAAUCGAGGAGUUCGUGCACCCUCCGACGGCGGAGGACAAGAGCUAUCAGGGCUCGACGACUCCGCGCAUGAGCACGGCUUCCUACCUGGAUGAAGUCUCGAGGCAAGGGAUCCGAAGCAGCCACCAAAGUCUGCAGUUCCAACAACAGCACGGCACGCACACUGAGUCGGCCAAUUGACAGGUUCGUCCAUCGUCCCACGUCACGGCCCCCACCGUCGUUUGGUCAGCAGCAGUCGGAUUCCUUCACCGAAUAUGUAAAUAAACGAUGCUCGGACAAAAGCUGACCACUCGUAAUGCCUCGACGGGCUCUUUUUUCAUGCGCACUGAUCCUUCCAUCAGUUGACAAAAUUUCGAAGGAGGUUCCAGUGUGCUCUCGGGGAAUCUACUGGGGCCCUCGUCACACCACCACCACCAUCACUCGUGUGACGAAAGGUCAGAGAUUUGUGCUACUUCUUCAAGGCUCUGCUCUUCUCUGCGCUGGACCUGCUUCAGUACAGAGUCUUAGACUAUGACGCGCGAUGGACGCUGUGUGCUUCUGUUCUGGAGGUGUUGGUGAUUUACAGGGAGUUUCUCGGCUCCUACCGUCGGGGACUAGCGCAUGCCGGAAGAUCUCCGCAGCGACAACCAUUCCUCCAAGGAUUGGUGCUUCGCAGUCUUCUCCAAGGCCAGGCUUCAUCAGCACACGAAGCCCACACUGAACUCGUAAGCCCCUUCUGAAUUGCAAGACUUCAGCCAACCAUUCCAGCGGGCAAGCGUCAUCCACUUAGCGAAGCCUACUGCUUAUUAUACCUCGCUAGUUUCUGGUAGGAGUAGUUGUGGUAGUUUUAGAUCUGCCCUCAAUUGAAGUACCGAACAACAGGUCUCUCCAUGUUCAUGUGUUGGAAGGGUAGGCUUCAUCGGCAAUGCUCACCAUUUGAAGCUGUCCUCAGUCGAUCAUCCCAUCUCGGAAUUCUCUUCCUCUCCUGAGCUCACUGCUCAUUAUUCCCCUUUGUCGUUGUAGUUUCUCUGGGCCAGUGGAUCAAGUUUCACUCCUGCCGCGUUAUUUACUGGAUUGCUCCGUGCAUUGGACCUGAACGGCUGGUCCGUCACUCGGGUGCGUAUCGUCACCACAAGAUUGCGUGAAUGGCUUUCAUUUUAGUCACGAACCAGCCUACCCCAUCAUCCCCGAUCGAUCAACCUCGAGAGGACUGGGCCGUGCUACCCACGCUCUGGCGAAGGAGCUAUCGGGUGUCCUUGACAUGAGUUGAAUUAAAUUUUGUAAUAAUAGAUGUAGAAUAUCGUAAAUGUAGAAAGCUUAGAUCGUGAAACCACACGGAGCGUGUGUGAUUUCUCACAAAUUGGAGUUUCCCAGCACCAAGAAUUGUGUCUGUGAUAUCUCUGGACGAAAGCAGUCAAUCAAUCUUGCCUUGAGGCUGUGUGCAACUAAACUAAGUUCCUAAAGUACUGAGGCCUUUGUGUUCCUUGUGAUGAAAGGAAUCUAAUCUCCGUCGUGGCUUUCAGCAUUCUGGGCUUUCGCCCUUCAAGCUGUGUCUCAUAUCGAAGAGAAGAUAAGGUGAUGUAUAUUAAACUCUUUACUUAUAAUCUGAUUUUUCCUGCCUUGAGAAAUGCAGAUGGAUAUUUUAUUUUCUCUUAUUUUCCCAUGUAGCAACUCCCAGCGAGGGCCCGGGGUCUAUGGUCUUCUGGCUAAUACUGGUGUCUGCAGUUUAUAUGCUGAUCAAGUUUUUCAAUCAGACCAUUCCUCUGUCCUGCAAGAAGAGAUGGUGAUGUAUAAUAAUCCUGUAUGGAUAUCAUAAAUUUUUUUCCUGCUUCAAGAGAAGUAGAUGCUGAUGC